UCAUGUGAAGUGUAAGUGUGUAACAUGACUCAGAGCGUCACAGGCGGAAGGUCACGGAGCAGCAGAACGGAACGGAAGCGGGAGUAAAAAGCCUAUCCGCCAUUGUGGAAAAUGACCCAGCAGAGUCGCCGAUUGUAAGAAGCAGACGCGCCGGAGGAAAACGCAACAUUCUAGCCGCGAGAGAGUGAUUGGACAGCCGGAGAGACGAGCCAGGAAAGCACCGAAGUGCAGAGAGAGGCAGGGGGGAAGAAGCCGUGGACAGUCUCACACACAGCCAUCAGUUUCGGUUCCUGGAGGAUGUCUGCGACCACAGUCGAUCAGAGACCCAAAGGACAAGGAAAUAAAGUGCAAAACGGAUCAAUGCAUCAAAAGGAUGGAGUCAACGAUGAUGACUUUGAGCCUUAUCUAGGCGGCCAGACAAAUCAGAAUAACAGCUACCAACCAAUGUCUGACCCCUACAUGCCCAGCUACUAUGCUCCAUCCAUUGGUUUCCCUUACUCUCUGGGAGAGGCCGCCUGGUCCACAGCAGGAGACCCCCCUAUGCCCUACCUGACCACCUAUGGACAGAUGAGCAAUGGCGAGCCUCACUUCCUCCCUGACGGUGUGUUUAGCCAGCCCGGUGCCCUGGGGAACACCCCCCCCUUCCUGGGCCAGCAUGGCUUCAACUUCUUCCCUGGUAAUGCAGACUUUUCCACCUGGGGAACCAGUGUCUCUCAGGGCCAGUCCACCCAGAGCUCGGUCUACAGUAACAGCUACGGUUACGCCCCCAGCUCUCUGGGUCGGGCCAUCACGGACGGACAGGCGGGCUUUGGAAGCGACACCCAGCUGAGUAAAGUCCCGAUGCUGAACAGCAUUGAGCAAGGUAUGACAGGCUUGAAACUGGGUACGGACAUGGUGGCAGCUGUCACCAAAACCGUGGGCUCCCCACUGGGCACAGCAGGUAUGAGCAGCAUGGCAGCCAAUAGCCUCCCUCCGCCUGUGAGCUCCUCCGCCCCGAAACCUGCCUCCUGGGCGGCCAUCGCCAAGAAGCCGGCCAAGCCGCAGCCGAAGGUCAAACCCAAAGCCAACAUGGGGAUGGGAGGAGGCGCCAUUCCCCCGCCCCCCAUAAAGCACAAUAUGAACAUUGGUACUUGGGACGAUAAGGGCUCAAUGAACAAGCCCCCCUUAGCUCAGAAUAUGAUGCCCCCGCAGCCCAUGAUGCAGCAGCCUCUCCUAGCUCAGCCCCAGCCCUUGCUGCAGAACCCGUUGCCCCCUCAGCCCCAACACCAUCACCAACAUCAACAACAUCACCAACAACAUCAGCAUCACCAACAACAUCAACAUCACCAACAACAACAACAUCAUCAACAACAACAACAUCAUCAACACCAGCCCCAACACCAACAUCAACACCAGCCCCAGCACCAACACCAACACCAGCCCUUCCAGCUCCACUCUCUCCAGUCCCCCCAGCACCCCCAGCAUAUGCCCCCUGGCCCCCCUCACAUGCACCUCUCCUCUCAACCUGGCCCCCCGCAGCCCCUCCAUCAGCAGCAGCCCCAGCAGCCCGGUCCACCCCCCAACCGCUGGGUGGCUCCCAGGAACCGUGGUGAGGGCUUCGGUAUGGUUGGGGGAGUCCCCCUGAGUGCCUCCCCCUGCUCCGGUGAGGUGCACCCCGUGCUGGAGAAGCUGCGCUCCCUCAACAACUACAACCCCAAAGACUUUGACUGGAGCUUGAAAAACGGGCGCGUUUUCAUUAUCAAGAGCUAUUCUGAAGACGACAUCCACCGCUCCAUCAAGUACUCCAUCUGGUGCAGCACAGAACAUGGCAACAAGCGUCUGGACGGUGCCUACCGCUCGCUGGGCAACAAGGGCCCCCUGUACCUGUUGUUCAGCGUCAACGGCAGCGGGCACUUCUGCGGCGUGGCCGAGAUGCGCUCCCCGGUGGACUACAAUGCCUACGCGGGCGUCUGGUCUCAGGACAAGUGGAAGGGCAAGUUUGAGGUGAAGUGGGCGUUCAUCAAAGACGUGCCCAACAACCAGCUGCGACACAUCCGGCUGGAGAACAAUGACAACAAGCCGGUGACCAACUCCAGGGACACUCAGGAAGUGCCUCUGGAGAAGGCCAAACAAGUGCUUAAAAUUAUCGCCACUUUCAAGCAUACCACCUCAAUCUUUGAUGACUUUGCACAUUACGAGAAACGUCAGGAAGAGGAGGAGGCUUUGAGGAAGGAGCGCAAUAGAAAUAAACAGUAAUCUCAAGCAAGCUCUCUGCUAGAAACUGCAACACUAAUGACGUAGGACCUUAAAUAAAAUUUGCCUAACCACGAAAGGAGGAAAGGCUCUCACAACUCUUUCCGCUGAAGACGACAAUGUAUGUGAACACUUGACAAUAGAUGGACUCAUCCGUAUCCGUUGACUGGUGCAUCAAACCCCGUGUUCCUGUCUCACGAGAAAAAGAGCGUAACCCACUUUGAAAACUGUCUAAAGCACUUUCAGUCCUCCUUAACGGCCUCUACCAAUACCCUUAACUCUCUAACUCUGUGUUCUUCUUCUUUGAUUUUGUUUGUGAGCAACUAACUGACUAACCAAAGUAGUCAGAAGAUUUCACCGGGCUUAUUUGUAAUUUUUUUUUUUUAAUGCCUCAAAUGUUUGGGAUAUUGGUGAGCCUCGUCAGCUCCUGAGGAGAAUUAAAUAUAUGAAUUUGACUCGAAUCUGUAUUCAGGCGUCUGACCCUCCUCAGACAGAGGUUUGGAUGAUUGACAGGUUGGGAUGAGAUAAUUGGGAAACAACUACAAUCAUGCCAAUCAUAGGAAGUGUACCUGUUCCCCUUCUUUUUCUGCAUCUGUUUCUGUGUACCAAAAGAUUACAUUAUGCAGCGGGCUGGCGAGCUCCGGUCAGUGCACACCUUUGUUUUUUCUCUCUUGUGAUUCUGUCAUUCUGAAGUGCAUUUGUCUGAGGAGAAAGCUGCUGCUCUGAUGUUGAUGUACUUUUCGGUACGAAAGCUCAGGCUGUCCUCAACAACUCCAUGCACUUUUGCAUGCUCGGUCCGAGGGGAUUCCCCCAAAACGGCAACUGCAAGGAUGUGACAGUUUUCUCCUCUAGAUAACUCACUAGCUAAAUAAAAAUUAUCCAUGUUUAGCGCAAAAUCUUGCUUUCGUGUUUUUACUCAUUUGCCUCAGAAAUGUAUACAUUGACUCACGCACAUUAAAGUAUAAACUCUCCUC